GACAGCGGAUAAAUGAGGAGGAUGAUGAGAGCGAAUCACCUCACAUGACAGCGAUUAUAACCUGGGAGUUUGGUGGGCGUGGGAGAGAAAGAGAACGAGAGAGAGAAUAACAGAGCACAGAACACGUGAAGAAAUGUCUUAAUUCGGCGCGCAAAUGUGCAUGUAUAAUCUCACCGCCAUUUACCGGGUGAUUAUUUGACGCUUGUGAUCUACCGUUCAUCAAAGGUGAGAUGGCGAGCAGGUUGGGGCUCCCCCAUGACAGUUCCCUACACAGAUGCAUGCUGGUCCUGACCUUCCUGCUCCUACUGUGUGAGAUCGUUGUCAGCCGCCUCUGUAACUCCCUCAUCACCAUGGUGGAUGUCUUCCACACCCUCUUCAUCCUCAUGCACAUGGCUCUUCCUCAACCCACCCUGGGCAGAGGUUCCCCAAAACCCCCACCUGCCUCCCCUCUCUCCACCCCCAACACCUCCACCCCCACUCAGUCACCUGUCAAAACUUCCCCAUAUUCACCAGCCACCUCCGGUGUGUUACCCAGACCCCUCACCCCUGUGGCCUCCCUGUGUGGCCUGUCCUACAGUGGGGCGAGGGUCCAGCCCCUGGGGGCUCUGAUCUCAGCUCUUCUGCUGGCUGCCUUGUGUGUCUCUGUCUCUCUAGAGAUCCUCAGCCACACCCUGCAGCCCCACCCUAUACAGCGCCCUCUUUUGGCCGCGGUGAUGGGGGCUGUCAGCCUGCUCUACAACCUCCUGGUGCUGGGGCUCAGCUGGGGCAGCUGGCUUGGGACCAAGACUAGAGCUGCCUGGGAGGGGGAGGAGAGCUCUGUCCUUGGUGUGAAUGGAAAAGUCAAGGUCCAGACCAAAGACAGCAAUGCAGUGGGGGGAGAGAAUUACAUCAGUAACCUCCCUACAUCUCUAGAUGGUACCUUCCAAGAUGGAACACUUGUACUCUGUAACCCUGGGACCUCCAGUGUCCUGAACCCUGACAGUGAUACUCCGCACCCAUCCCAGACAUCCCCACUCCAUACGGUGGCCCCUCAGGGUCCCCUUUCAGACCACUGCCACGGAGCACACACACUCCCUGCAGACGAGCACACACUCCCUGCAGACUGCAGAACUUCAGAGACACCAAGCAGCUUCCCACAUCCAGUGGCCAGUGUCUGUCAUCCAAAGGACCCCCACUCUGAAGUGUCUAAGUAUAGGGCCUGCAUGGGACACAGAGAAAAUCAGACAGAGCCCACCACAGCCUCAGCCCUAAAGUCAGAAAGCCAUACAAGCCUCAGGGUCCAACUUCCCGCCUGCCUCCCAUCCCUCAUCGCCCUCACUCAGGCACUGCUAGGUUCCAUCCUGGCACUCACCAACGGACUUACCCUGCUACUACUGGGCCCAGACUGCAUGCAUGGCUCUGGGGCCUGUGGCCCCUUCGUCUACCUGGACCCUGGCUUCUCCAUGGUGGCUGUGGGGGUGCUGCUGGCCACCACUCUGCCCCAGGUGUGCCGCUACGGUUGGCUGCUGCUCCAGGCCGUCCCGCCCCAGGUGUGUGUGUCUGAUCUGGGCCGGCGGAUCGCCAGUGUGCCAGGGGUGCAGGCGGUGCACGACCUCCACGUGUGGCAGCUGACAGAGAGCUGCCUGGUGGCGUCUGUACAUGUCCACUGCCACGCUGGGUUCCAGAUACACAGGUGUGGUGAUCUGUUGUCGGGGGUCACCAAGGUGCUGCAGAGUGUAGGUGUGAGCUGCUGCACCGUACAACCAGAGUUCCUCCUCUCUUCUCCCACAGCCAACGGCAACCUGGAUAACAACAGCACCAACCCCGCCAUCAUCCAUAGGGAGAUGCCCUCACACCUCGCCUGCAGCCUGGCCUGUGGGAAGGGCUGUGCUGGGAAGAUGUGCUGUGCUCCUCUGGAAGAAGGGUCUACAGAGCCACUGGCACCCCCUGCUGGGGAAACUGAGGAGGAGCCUCACGUGCUGAUCAUCGAGAACACCUUUCUUUGAGGGAAGGAUCUCUAGGAUGUAUCUCAGUAGUGUAGAGUGGGCUCCUUGCAUCCUUUCCUUCAUAUAAAACUGAUGUGAGAGGCCUGAAGUGGAGCAAACCACUUUUGGCAAUUAAGAUUCAGCUUGGGGAUUGAAUAGAAUACAUUAUUAUUGUCAGAAUAUUCUUAAAGACUUGUGUCCCCAUGUCAUUGAGGUACUUUUAGAGAGCUAGAUAGCCUAAUGUAAGAAUUAGGCUCAGGUAAAGAGUAGAAAUCCCAGUAGUCAUCAUGCUUGUGUGUAUUUUGGGAUGGGGUUGGAUAAUAAACAGCAUUCCUAUGGGUACUCAGAAAGGGCCUGUAUGUGUACUGUAUCUACUGUAUGUAUGUAUGUAUGUACUACAUCAUUAUGUUGGGAUUGUAUUUCAUUGUAUUAACACGGUGCCAUAACAAAGAUACAGUAGAUUGUAAGCCAAGUCACUCACCUAAUUAAGUGUUUAUUCAAUAAUGCCAUUUCAACAUACACUACCGUUGAAAAGUUUGGGGUCACUUAGAAAUGUCCUUGUUUUUGGAAAAAAAAGCCACCAAAAAUUGUCCAUUAAAAUAACAUCAAAUUGAUCAGAAAUACAGUGUAGACAUUGUUAAUGUUGUAAAUGACUAUUGCAGCUGGAAAUGGCUAAUUUUUCUAUGGAAUUUCUACAUAGGUGUACAGAUGCCCAUUAUCAGCAACCAUCACUCCUGUGUUCCAAUGGCACGUUGUGUUAGCUAAUCCAAGUUUGUCAUUUUAAAAGGCUGAUUGAUCAUUAGAAAACCCUUUUGCAAU